AUGACGAAGAGCACACUGCUGGAUGUAACCGUUUAUCAGGGGGUUCUUAUUCCUUCUUGGUAUGUUAAACAACCUCCGAUGUUUUUAGAGAUCCAUGUUUACGAUUUCAAUGAAGGUAAGAUACUUGAUGUAAAAGAAGUUGAUGUCUGUCCAAUCAACCGAUCAUCAUGGGAGAAGGCAUCACGUGACUUAAACUGCACUACACAAGGUAGAUACCAGUGUACCUCGAACGAAAAUCAAACGGCGUUAUUGGAAUACUGUUACGAUGAACCACCUACUUUUGUUUUAAAAGGAUACUGUUGGAUUUUAUUGGAUUCGAAUUAUGUUCAUACAUACAACUGCUCGGGAUUUAUUGAUGGAUGUCCAAACGAAACUUACAGAAGUGAUGAACUUUAUAAAUAUCAAGAAUGCUUGCAGUUAAACAAGCUGGAAGGAUGUUAUACUGCAGAUGAGGAAUGCUCGAGACAAAAUAAGGUGACACCUUUACCAUCUACAACAUCACAAUCAUCAGAUCCCAACUCUUCUUCAGAGGACGUAGUAAUUGGUAUAAUUAUCUCUAUAAUCAUCGUCCUCAUCAUCAUCGCUGUUGCUACAUUAGUUGCCCGGAAAUUUAGAGUUUCAAAAUGUUCUGAAAGGGACCAUGGGGAUGAAGAAAUUUGCCUUUUGGACACUGCCCCAACUCUUAAGAUAGAAAUAGCUGGAGAAAACGUUGUGUUGAGGUGUAUACUUCCCAAGGACAAGAGAAGACUUCCCUCAAAUAUUAUUUGGUCUAAAGAUAAAAAUGAAAUAAAAAUAGAGGACACAGGAGGAAAAUACAGAUUUGCAGAUCAAAAACUUGACCUCGUCAUUGAAAGUGCAAGUCAUUUAGAUAUUGGGGAGUACGUCUGCUGUCUCAAAUAUGACAACCACUGCAAAAAGUUUGUUAAAUGCAGUCUAGAUUGUCCUUCAAUAUCUCUUGGAGGAAUUUCAUCUGAAGGACCGGACGUUGUCAUACAAUAUUCAAUUUCUGUAUCUAAGGACUGUAUUCCAUUGACAACCCUGUCUUGGAGAAAGAAUGGUUGUAGUUUGAAACCAUCGGACGAACCAGAUACAUAUGUUGGUGGAACUCUUGAAGAUACCUUUCUAAAAAUUUGCAACGUUGUUGGUGGCAAUUCUGAUAAAUAUGAAUGCACCGUUACAAAUAUUUUCGGCGAGGCCUCAAUUAUCUUCAUUUUAGAUUGCCCUACAAUAUCUCUUGGAGGAAUUUCAACAGAAGGACCGGACGUUGUCAUAGAAUAUACAGUUUCUGUAUCUAAGGACUGUAUUCCAUUGACAACCCUGUCUUGGAGAAAGAAUGGUUGUAGUUUGAAACCAUCGGACGAACCAGAUACAUAUGUUGGUGGAACUCUUGAAGAUACCUUUCUAAAAAUUUGCAACGUUGUUGGUGGCAAUUCUGAUAAAUAUGAAUGCACUGUUACAAACAUUUUCGGCGAAGCGACCAUUUCCUUCAUUUUAGAUGACAUACAGUGCAGCUCGAAAGAAUGCCAGGGUAUCUUGCUUUGUUGUUUACUUCUAGAUGAAUUUCGAUUUCUUAAAUUUGAACCAGACCAGUGGAAAGAAAAGUUAAAUCAAUCUAAGGAAUUUUGUUCUGUGGUGAAAAAAGAAACCACAGAAAACGCACUUGACGCAAUAGAAUAUGAAACAUUACAUGAAUACAUUGAAUUUAAAGAUGAAGAGUAUUGCUUGAUCUCCCCAGACCGUAUUUUCCAAUCUUUCUUGCAAAGAAGCGGGUUCCUAGAUUUUUUCGUGAAGUAUUCUACACCCCCUAACCUUGGCAUCUUUUGUCGAUCUCCUGGAUACAGAAAGGAUGAAGGUGAAAUAUGCUGCAAUCUCAGCCCUGAGCAAUUUAAAAAUCUUGUGCAACAACUAAAGUUCGACAUUCUCUCUAACAAUUCUAUCACAGACGAAACUUGUCAUCAAAUUAUUGAAGAUGAAUUGAACAUUCCAAAAGGCAUUCUGAGUUUAGGAAAAGAAGGUAUACAAAAUUAUCUUCGUGAUCUCAGAAGUGGUGAACAUAAAGUCUUUGUUGCCAGAUGUAUGUUAGUGGGUUGUGAGGGGGCAGGAAAGACAAGUCUUCUCCAACGGCUGCAAGGAAAAGAUAAUCCAGAUCCCCCGUCAACAAGAGGAUUAGAUACCCACGUCAAUAUUUUCACAGUAAACGAGGAUAGACUUGAUGUCACAGCCAACCAAAAUAAACCAAGUCUUCUAUCCAACUUAAACACUGAAGAAGAUCCAAAUACAAAUCAAGCAGAACAAGACCAUGGAGAUCAACCCUUAACAAAAACAAGAUUUGGGGGCUCUUUUGUAGAAAAAAGAGUUGAGAAUUCUGCGUCUUUCAAUGAAACCCCUUUAAACAUACAAGAAAAUAAUGAACAGGUUUCAGAAGUUUCUGAAUAUAGCAAAACCAGACUAAACGAAGUAUUCAAUGAAAAUGCAAUUCCAGACGGACCAGUUUUGGGAAAUAAAGGGUCAACCACUACUGAACCAAGUAAAGAAAACGACGAGGAUGUUGAAACGAUCGAAUUUGGUCCCCUCUCGACUGAUGAUGCAAAUAUCUCCCCUGAUACUGACAUUACAUUUCAGAUAUUGUCUGAGUGUUUUACAGACAAGGAUAAAAAAAUAAUAACAUUUUUUGACUUUGCUGGUCAAUUUGCAUAUUAUGCCUGUCAUCACAUAUACUUUUCCCCGAAUGAUUUUUAUAUCUUAGUUAUGGAUAUCAAAAAAAAAAUUUGACCACAUGGUGUACAAGGACAGAGCUAAAGAAACACUCAACCAAGAUGACAAAACUGAAGAAGAAUUGAAUAAAAUGGAAAGAUCAGUGUAUAGUGGUUGGACAUACUUAGAGUUUACAGAAUAUUGGCUACAAUCUAUUCUGUCUCAUACCGUUGGACUGACACCGAAUGAAAAGAUGGAGGACAGUGAUGGUAUGGAUAGAGCGCCUCUGAUUCUCGUGGCAACUCACGCGGAAGGAAUAUCUAGAAAGGAAGGCGAAGCCUACUUUCGAGAUCUUCGUGACAAAUUACCGAAGUUAAGUGCCCAUGUUGAUUAUGGAAAAGCGUUCAGUACUGCUUUUGGUGACAAUCUUCAGGAAAUCAAGAACUGCAUAUUGAACGUAGUCCAGACGCUUCCAAAUUGGGGAAAAAAUAUUCCAAUGUCUUGGUUCUACAUUGAAUGCCAGAUAAGAAAACUAAAAAAGUUGAAAAUAAUAACUUUGGAAGGACUCUUGGAAAACUGUAUGACAAAUGAUAUUGGAAUACAGAGUCAAAAUGAUCUCAAAACACCACUUAGAUUUCUCAGUAACAUUGGGGUUGUUUUAUAUUUUGACGAAGAAUUCCUUAAACAGGUUAUUAUUCUAGAUGUCCAGUGGUUCGUUGAUGCUUUUAAACAUGUAAUCACGGAUGCGGAACAUGCAAAAUUGGAUGUCGACCAAAAAUUGUAUGAAGAAUGGAAAUCAUUCAGUGAAACGGGUCUGUUAACUAGUUACCUUUUGCAUUCGAUAUGGAAACGCUGUCCAGAAGGUGCUUUGUACAUUUCAAAGAAAAGAGAAAUACUUUCUUACAUGGUGAGGCUAAACCUCUUGACGGUUGUAUCAAAGGAUACAUGGUAUUGUCCUUGUAUGAACAAGCAAAUAUUUCCAACAAAAGAGUUUGAGCACUUAGAAAACUCAUCUCCUUUGUGCUUCCAGUUCAGUUAUCUUCCAAAAGAUAUGUUUCAUCGCGUUAUUGCUGCUUGCUGUAAUCAGCUGAAAUGGACAAUUUUCAAAAUGGAAUAUCUUUGCAUAUACCAGAUGGCAACCCUUUUUGACGUAAAUGGAAGUAAGGUGUUGGUUGGCAUGUACAGUAUCAACAAAAUUGUGGUACAGUACCUUGACAUUUCUCAGUCAAAAAUGGUUGAUAACUUGGGCGUGCGUGGAAAAAUUACCAAAGUUAUUGACAUGUCAGCAGAAAGGUUGAAAAAUUGCACAUAUGAAGUAGGCUAUAUGUGUCAAAAGAACGUUUUUGGAAAGGAAAAUGUCCCAAUAUCGCAUUUUAUAGCAGAAUCUAAGAUGACUGGAGAGAGAAUAAAUUGUCCUAAAUGCGGAUUUCAGAGAAAAGUCAUAGUUGAAGAAAUCAUUUGGAAGGAGUCAUUGAAGGAUAUGAGACAAGACAGUGGAAGCAGGGAACUUAUUCACAGUAAGAUAAACCUUUAAGGAAACAUAUUUAUACAGAAACAAUUCUUA